AUACGGACAAAUAUGCGCAAUGUUUUUGGCUAUACGUUGCCUCAAGCAAUUGGCGGAGGAGCACGGAAUUGAUUUCCUAAUAGCUCUAAGAGUUCUACUAAAGGACUUUUAUGCAGAUAACGUUAUCACUGGCGACGAUAAUCUUGAGAAGGAUAUCGAAUUACAGAAGAAGCUUACUGAUCUAUUGGCAAAAGGUCAGUUCCAUUUGAGGAAGUGGAGAACAAACGACGAUCAUCAAACUUUGAGUCAUUUUAUGGAAGAGAGUAAAGCAGAGGAGUUGCUAGUAAUCAACAAGGACGCCCCAUUGAAGACGUUAGGAGUCUUAUGGAAUCACAAGGAAGAUUUUCUACAAUACGACGUGAAGCAAGCAAAGACUGGUCCAGUUACAAAACGCAGCGUGCUUUCACAAAUCGCCCAGAUCUACGAUCCCUUAGGUCUGCUAGGGCCUGUCAUGAUUGUUGCAAAAAUCAUGAUGCAGCAGUUAUGGACGCUUAACUUGGAGUGGGACGAAAGUUUGCCGCAAGAGCUUCAUAGCAAGUGGAAGAUUUAUCAAUCGUCAUGGAGUCAACUCAACAGCUUGAAGAUCCCUCGGAAGAUUAAAGAGAAGAGUUCUACAGAAAUAAUCAUUCAUGGAUUUAGCGACGCCUCAGAGCGCGCUUAUGGAGCCUGCUUAUAUGCAGUUACUUGUGAUUCAGAUGGCAAUUUUCAGUCGCAUCUACUCUGUGCUAAAUCAAGAGUAGCCCCCUUAAAGACUAUAACAAUCGCUAAAUUAGAAUUAAAUGCCGCGUUAUUGCUUGGAAAUCUUUACAAGACAGCCAAAGACGCUCUUAAAGAUAGAAUCAAACUCGGACGAUUAUGGUGUAAUUCGAAUAUUGUGAUCCAGUGGAUAUGUACAUGCCCGAGUACAUUAAAGAUUUGUAGCAAACCAAGUUUCUCAGAUACAGACUCUAGGUUUACAAGACGUUUGGCAGCAUGUACCAUCAGCUGAGAAUCCCGCGGAUGUUUUGUCAAGGGGAACAACUAUCGAAAAGUUGCAGACCAACAAGUUAUGGUGACAUGGGCCGUGGUGGCUUUCAGAUGAGAAUUCAUGACCUGAACAACCCAAUAGUGUGGAGAUCCUACCAAAGAGGAAAAAUAUCGCUAGUUUCGUGGUGACAGCUCAGCCCACAGGAUUGUUACCAUCGGUAUCAUCAUUUAAACGACUUCUUAGAGUCGUUGCAUAUUGUUAUAGAUUCAGUGAUCGAUGCAGAUCAAAAACUGGCACUGGAGCUUUUACUGCAGCAGAAUUUGUAAAGGCAGAAACAGCAGUCGCGAGAUUGGUACAAGCAGAAGCUUUCCCACAAGAACUUUAUGAUCUACAGAAUGGACAACCUGUAAAGAAAAACAGCAAAUUAAUCGCAUUGGAUCCCUUUCUGGAUGGCAGCGGUCUGAUUUGCGUAGAAGGUCGAUUGCAGCAUUCGGAUUUAACUCACGAAGCGAAACAUCCGAUUAUAUUGCCGUCAAAGCAUCACGUCACUAAAUUAAUGUUCAGAAACGAGCAUAUCAAGAUGCAUCAUUGCGAAGCAGAGCAGUUGUUGGCAGCCGUCAGACAAAAGUAUUGGGUCCUUUCAGGCCGAAAGGAAGCUAGAAGGAUUACACGAUCUUGCAUAGAUUAUUUUCGUUGGAGACCUACAGGUGUGCAAGUCAAAAUGGGAAACUUGCCAGCAGCAAGAGUCGCAGGAUAUGUUCGCGCCUUCGCGGUGACUGGUGUGGAUUACGCCGGCCCCAUAAAGAUCAAGGAGAGCAUACGUCGUGGAAGGGUACAUACAUCAAAGGCCUACAAUAGCAUUAUUUGUGUGUUUUCACACAAAGGCAGUGCAUCUCGAAUUGGUCACAGAUCUUACAACCGAAUCGUUCCUAACAGCGUUGCGGCGUUUUACGGGACGAAGAGGCAAUUGUUUGCAAUUAUAUUCGGACAACGCUACUAAUUUUGUAGGCGCAGCAAGAGAACUCAAGGAGAUAUAUGACUACGUAAAGGAAAACAAAGAAGUGAUACAAGAGCAGCUUGCCAGUCAGAAAAUAGAAUGGCAUUUCAUCCCCCUAAGGACACCAAAUUUUGGAGGAAUAUGGGAAUCGAACAUCAAGAGUAUGAAGAAGCAUUUCUACGUUGUAACAAAGGGACUUUCGCUAACUUUUGAAGAAUGUUACACGUUGCUGGUCGGCAUUGAGUCCGUCACUCAAGGCCGAUAACUCCUUUGUCCAAUGAUGUGCGAGACUUAUCAGUCUUAACGCCUUAGCAUUUCCUGACCGGGGAACGUUUACUACAACCAGCAAAAUUAGAUUAUCUUGAGGUACCUGACAACAGAUUAAAGCUUUGGCAGCAUUUGCAGAAGGUCCGUCAGGAUUUUUGGCGUCGCUGGCAGAAAGAAUACUUGGUGGAGCUUCAACGUCGAAACAAGUGGACCGGCGGAGAGGAAAUUUGCAACCCGGAACGUUGGUGCUGUUGAAGGAGGACAAUUUACCACCACUAUAAUGGGCAGCCGGAAGAAUCAUCAAAGUCCACCCGGGUAGCGAUGAUGUCGUACGCGUCGUUACUGUGCAGACGGCAAAUGGAAAGUUCAAACGAUCGGCAAGGAAUGUUUGCCCUUUACCCAUAGAAGACUGUAAUUAAGUUAAGAUUUACUUAUUUUGCAGGUAGAAUCAUAGUUAAGAUUAUUCAUUUCUGAGAAUAGUUAUUUUGAAAGGAGCCUUUCAAGGCGGGCGGGAAUGGUAAAAGCCAAGUUGUUUAUUUCGUUUUUAUUACUUUGCAUUUCAGUUUUAAGCGUUUCAGUGACUAAUUUAAAUUUAUCUACAUAUUAUCUUAGUUAGCGUUAUGGCUGCGCGCACUCUGUUAGUAGUCGAGUCAACUUUUUAGUAAUUUUGGCGCCAGCGCUUGCGUUAGGUCAGGUUUGUUCACACGAUUGUACAAGCAGCACAUUUUCACUCGUGCCCGAAAUAAAACAUUCUAGAUUUCAAAACC